AUGUGACAUAAUGCUAAACGAAAAUAUUUAUCAUUUAAAAUUUAAACAAUAAAAAAUUUAUAAUUGAAAUGGAACCUAAUAGUACAAGUCAAAAUUUUACCAAAAGACAGUUAAGGAAUCACUCUCCCUACAAGCGCCGGUAUUUUUAUCCCUACAACGGAAGAUUUCGGCCAGAAGAUGAUUAUACGUUUAAAAAACAUUAUUACCGACAAGAAAAAGUGCCCAAAACUAAAUAUAAAUGGAAAAGAAAGUCAAGGCCUGCAUCUCCCAUGGAAGGUAGUGAAGAAUAUAUGUCUCAGAAAAUACAAAAAACUAGUGCCAUAAUAAUGCGUCAUUUAUUAAGUCCAGACGAAAACAUUAUUCCACUUAAAAAUGAUGUAAACAUUCCCAUGGAAGCUUCAAUUAAUCAAAACUCAAAAAUAUCCAAUGAAAGAAAAAGAACUAGAAGUCUUUGUGUUGUUGAAUCAACAUUGUCCAAAGCUUCCAAUAUACAGUUGAGUGAAAACAUAUACCAUCAAACCCCUGAUACAAUUGACACAAGUGAUAAUAUAAAUCAAACACCUGUCACCUACAAUGUGGACGAAAUUCAUUGUAAAAUCAUGAACCAUUUAAGUAAUCUCAAUGAUAGAAGAAAGAAAACUUUGAUAAGUACUAGCACAUCUGUGUAUGAUGAAGCCAUUCAUCAAAUUCUUAAACAGAAGAGGCUUGAAAUAUCAAGGGCUCUAAGGAAUGUACAGAUGAAAACUCCUAAUGUAACAGAAUCAACAGAAUGGAUCAAUUCUAUUAUACCAGAUAUGGGAAUUAAAAUUGAAGAUCUGCCACAUGAGGUUCUUGAAGCAUUGCAGAACACUUUUAAUGUUUCAGAUGAAGAAGAUAAUGUGUCUAACACUAAAUUUGUGGAAGUGCAACCGCCGCCCAUAGACGACGUUGUUAUUAAAAUAGAAGAAGACGGAAAUAUGGAAGCCAGUGAAGUAAUCAGUAUUGAGUCUGAUAAUGAGGAAAUAGCAGAAAAUAAAGAAGUAAUAAAGGUUGAACCUAACGCAGAAAUAGUUGAAUUAUUCAAAGAUCAAUCUGAUAUUGAAAAUGCCGAAAUGCCAACAGAAACCAUCUCAAAUAAUGUACCUUACCAAAUUUUUCCUGAAGUACCAGAAUCAUUUCAUCAUGAGCAAAUGUUACUUGAAACAUCCAAAGAAGUCUUAGUUCAAAAUAUUGCUGGACAAGAUACUGUGGAAGUCGGUACUAAUUUAUCACGAAAAACUUGUAAUGCCUCAACGCAGACGCAAGUGCUUACAAUCGACAAAUUUAUUAAAAACAGAUUUAGAAAACCGGCGAAAACCUUCGCUGCUGCUACAAGAAGAAUGCUAAUAAUAGAUAAAUACAUUGCUAAGUUAACUGAAUACCGGCAAAGUUUAUUUACACAAUUAUAUCCUAGGAAAAUUGCGAGGAAACCUAAUGGGAGAUUGGUAAAUAAAAAAGUCAAAUCUACGGAUAUAGCAAGGAAUAUGAACUCCUCAUCGUUGGAAGAACCUGGGAAGCAGAAACGUAAAAAGCUAGCUGACAGUCUACCACAGACCGAUGAACAGUUAUUUUCUAAAAAAACUUCAAAUCCUUGUCAGAAAUCAGAAGAGCAGAGCCUUCUAGAUUUUGGAAGUAUUUCCGAAAAGAUGUUGGUGUUAAAGGUUUGUGAGGAUAAAUUGGUAGCUGGAUCAGAGAGUGGAAAAGUGUUCUUUUUUAAUCUAAAAGACAGUAAAUGUUCAAAUAUUUUAGAAGUUACCACAGUUCCAAUCACUUGUAUACACUACACAAAAGACUCUCAUGGAAAACCGUAUUUGUUUAUUGGGUAUUAUGGAUCUUCCUUAAAAGUGUAUAACUUUUAUAGUACCUCCCUUCUAUGUGAUAUUAAGAUAGAUGACAGCAUUCAGUGUAUAGACGAGAACUGGGGAUAUUUGUUUCUCGGAUGUUCGAGGAGUACAAUUGCACGAUACUCCAUAAAGAAAAACACUUUGGAAUACGAAGAAAUAUUUGACGGUUAUCCAGUAUUUGCGUUAUGGGCCACCCAAGAAGGAGCUAGAAUGGUUCUACUCGUAGGAUCCCGCAAUUCCGCAGUCGUAAUAAGAGAUGCCAUGAGCGGCCUUCACUUGCGAACUAUGGAGAACAUAAUAGCCCCCACAGUAUAUUCUAUGAUUAUGGAAAGAAAUUUGGUGUUUUGUGGCACCACCUCUCAUAACAUUUUAGUUUUCGAUUUUCACAACGGAAAGCUAUUGCAUACCUAUAGUGCUACGAAUUCUAAAGGUAUACGAUGUAUGAAAAUCGUCGGAAGAUGUUUAUUUGCCAGUUGUUAUAAUGGAAAGGUUUAUGUGUUCAACUUAGAAAAUAAUUCUCAUAUAGGCACUCUGGAAGGUCCUGGAGGUAUAAUAAUUUCAAUGGAAGUACUAUCAAAUCAGGUCAUCAUGGGUACAAUGUCAUGUAAGUUUUCAUCCAUAGUGAUCCCACAACAUAUUUUAAGGUAUAUAUAGUUAUCAUAUUUUAAAGAUGUACAUAAGAGUUGUAAAUAUUAUAGCAUUUUUAUCAUUUUAUAAUGAUGUAAAUAUUUAAGUUCCAAAUUUUUAAAUAAAGAUCUGUUUUUAAUAG